ACCGGGACAAUCGCAUCCCGUAGAACUUUUUGCCGCGAAAACGCCGCGUACUUUGACGUUCUUUAUUUUGAAUCGUUCGAAUUUUAGAUCGAUUAAAAAUAGAAGAUAAUUAAUAUUGUUCGAAGUUGUGCUGAUUAAAUAAAAACUUUGUAGUUCCUGAUUUCGUUAUUCUUUUGACAGUUUUAAGUUAAUUUGAAAUUAAUAUUGAGUGAUAGUGAUGUAUUAGUAUAUUAGUUCGAUGUGAUUUAGUGCGUAGUUUAAAACGAAUAAAGAAUAAUGGAAAGAAAAAGGAAAAUGUUACGUCCAACUCUGUUUCGCGGACUGAGUCAAGACUCAGGGUCUGACUCGGCGGCCUACGAACUCGACAGGAGCCGGCGCGCGUCGCUCAGCGCUGAGCAGCGACGACGGCUGAGCAUGCUCAGGACGUCAAGCAUCCCGGCGGCGCUGAGUCCGGUGAGCCACAUUUACCAUUUGGUUCCCUGCCCGAGAAACUGUUGCAAUCAGAAAUACGUGGUCAGCACCGACCGUAGCGGCGAUAUACACGUUCAUGUUCAGGGUGAUCUGAGCCAGCAGGACAAAAGAUGCGUUUUUAUAACCGUCCACGACCUUGGAACUAACCACACCUCCAUGGUGGACUUUGUCAACUGCCCUGCGAUGGCUGAGAUCAAGGAGCGCUCGUGCUUCAUACACGUCGACGUGCCUGGACACGAGGAGAACUCCCCGGAUCUGCCUGAAUCGUACCCAUUCCCCUCACUUCAAACCUUAGGCGAGGAUCUAAUCACAGUCCUGGAUUUCCUCCACGUUCGGUAUGCAGUUGGUCUUGGCGAAGGUGCUGGAGCCAACGUCCUCGCUCGAUGUGGCAUCGCCCACCCUCGUCGUCUCUUGGGCCUUAUCCUGGUGAACUGCACUGGAUCCACGUCAUCAGUAGCAGACGCCUUUCGUACAAGGUUCUCCAGGUGGAGAGGAACAGACAUAUCGCAGUCUGAAGAAGACUUCCUCAUCUACCACAAGUUUGGACACGUGAGUUUUGUGACCGAGCUGCUUGACUCUAGCUAUCAGCAAAUCUCCAGCGAUCCAUGCGAGGCAGGUGAGCGCGAGCGUAUGUUAUCAGAGUAUCGCUCACGGCUUCGCGGCAAUCUUAAUACGCACAACAUCAAGCAGUAUGUGAGGGCCUUCAUACACCGCAAGGACCUGGUGUUGCGAGGAUGCCAGCCCGACAUUCUCCUCAUCACGGGCUUGCUGAGCCCGUACGCCGGUGUGGUGGAGAAGAUGUACAAAGAGCUUGAUAAGGAACGCGUCACCAUUCUCAAAGUUGAUCGUGCGGGAGACGUUCUAUCCGAGGCCCCUGCCAAAGUGGCGCAAUCUCUACUCCUGUUCUGCCAGGGCCAGAGCCAGCUGACGUCACUGCCGCCGCCCGGGGUGGAGCGGCGUAUGUCCCGCGCCAUGUCUAUGGAGGAGUACGACAAGCCAAACAUCCGCCGUCUGUCCCUAACGCCGCACGUCUCCGAGACACCCCUGCCCAGGAAACUGUAGGGUCGAGCCAUUGCCCCGGGAGGGAAACCCAUAGAAAAUGUAAGAACUUGCUGAGGCUUGGAUAGCAGCAGGCGUUACUUGUGGUAUCCCAUGAUAAUCUGUAUAAAAAAAAUACUAAGCGCGUCUCAAUUUGUUUGUAAAAAAGGACCGAUUUCUCUAUUUAUUUUUUAUUUCGUUUGCCUCAAUACUGAGGUGGUAAAAAUAAGAAGAAAAUAACAUAUCUAAAAACUAUUUGAUAUGAAAACUUCCACUACGGAUUACAUAAAGGUAUCUAAUACCUUUAUGUAAUCGUUCUUUAGGUAACGUUCAUCCGGUCAUUACAUUAUAUACAUUACAUUAUAUUACAUUAUAUACAAUUAAAAUUAAACUUUGAUUGAUAUAGUUUAAACUUGUAUGAUUCAAAAUAUAUCUUUAAUGUAUAUAAACCAUGACAUCACACAGAUUGUCCAAAAACCUUAAUUAAAAGUUAUACAAUGGCAAAUUCAGUAAUUCUUCUUCUUUGACUUAACGGUAUGCCCACUAGGGGCAUAUUCUAACUGACUUAAAAAAAUACGAUGCUCAAGACCGGGCAAAGGGGCCGGGUCUUGAGUAUCCAUUUUUUUAAGUCUUUUAAUGGCUCUCAGAUUGGCAUUCACAGUGCCAACUCUGUUGUACAAAAAUCAGGUCUAAAUUGACAGGUCUAAAGGUAUUCUGCACUCUUUACAAUUUUUUCUGUAAAAAAGAAAUUAUAGUAGUAGUAAUCAUAGUAGUAGUUUUACAGCUGUCAAUUUCAUUUCGUGUAGAGAUUUUUGUACAGGAGAUUUGACACUUCUAUCUUUAUAUAUAGCUUGAUAUGAAUUAUAAUAUGUUAUUCAAGUCACAAAUUGUGACUGAUAUUGCAGUGCUCUUGUGGCCCAAAGCUGUAAAACAUAUUUAAGAAUCUUCCCAGAAUCAUUCAAUCUGUUAUAAUCGGUCCAUUCUUUGGUAAGUGGAGAUAACUAUGCCUCACAAGAUACGCAGAAAAACAAAUGGGUCACACAAUUUAAAAUCUGUAUGUCUGUUUGCCUAAGAACUAAGUUAUUAACCUGUAUUAGAGAACCUAUAAGGCCGGCCGCACUACACUAUUGUUUGGAUUGAAACAGUAUAAGAAAAUGAACUGUCUUGUUGGUUUAGUAGUUGGCAUGUUUGACUGCGGAUUACAAGAUCCAAGGUCGAUUUCUGCGAGACAAAUAAUGUCCUGUAUUGAGUUUUUGGGAUUCUAUCAAAGUACUCUCAGUACGGGAGUUCAGAAAUUGGCGAUUUCCACCUUCGUGCCUCGAAGAGCCAUUUGUUCUUUAAAGUCCGCCAAUACGUGGAUCAGCUUGGAGAACAAAGCUUUGAAUCCCUUUUUCCUAUGAGGGAGAAAACCCAACUACCCUAGGAAAUGCCUACCCCAGCUGUGGGAUAUUCAUAGCCUGAGGAUAAUUUAAAAAUUAACCAGUAUCCCGAAUACUUUGGUGAUUGGUUAUUAGGACAGAGACAAAUUAACUUUAUUUUAUAUUGUAAAUAUUGGAAACUAAACUCUCAUUUUCUAUGGCAUUAAAAUAUUAAAUGUGUACAAAUGUAUGAAUUAGUAUUAAUAUUUUAUUGCACACCAAACCAAAGUAAAUUCUUAAAUAGAAAAACAACACAACACAGCGCAUACAAUGACACACAAAAUGUGGUUAGUAAAAUUAUUUUUUUUGAAGUAAAUUAUGAUGUAAUUACUUAAUAAUUAAGCCUCGAUUCUCUUGCACAAUCAAAUUUUAUUGCACUUUUAACAAAAGUUUUUGACGUACAAUUCAUACGCCGUUAUAUUUCUAAUUUCACGUCAAAAAUUGAGGUUAUGACAAUGUAAUAGAAAAUCGAGGAUACACUCAUAAUGGUUUCGAGUUCUGAAAUCGAAAUUGUUCUACUGUGAAUCACAAAAAAUCAAGGUAAAACGGUACUAUAACUACUUACGAAGUAUAAAGAAUUAGUCCUGUAUGUAACUCAAGUUAGUAUCCAAAUGCGACCGGCCUAAUAGCACGACUCAUUCUAAAGUAAAAAAGUGUAGGUUAAGGUAAUUUUGCGCGUUUUCAGAAAAACAGAGAUUUCUGCGGCAACGAUUACAAUUUUUACACUCCUACACCAUUUAAUAUAUUUUUAUGAAAUAUUAAAGAUUUAAGAUGUUAUCUUAUUUGUUAAUAUACUAUGGUGACAAUUCUGUUUUAGUUAAAUGAAUAAGUUAAAUUUUCAUGAAAUCAUUGUCGUCAUGCAAGUCAAUUUAGCGUAGUUUUUAGGAGAUGCAAAAUGGCCUCUUAUCAUUUAAUACGAAAAUCGCUAGAUAAACUAUAUUAAAAUUAAAGAUUUCUUACUAAUAUGAAUGAGUUUAGUGCCUAUUUGAUUUUUCGUAUAGGUAAGAGAGUGUUUUGCGUGUCUUCAGAACUUUGGUAAUUAACUUGUGCGGCUCUUUAAGCUAAUCAACGAUAUAUAAAAUAGUGCUAUCCUGCGAAAAUGACAGCACUAGCUAAACAUGUACAGGUCCAAAGUAGUGCUGUCAUUUUUUAGUUUAAAGAUCUGUGGACAACAGAACGGGCACCACUAUAUAGGUACCUGCCCUAAAUAAUAUAAUCUACUAAAUGUUACACAUUAUUUAAAAGAUAUUAUAAUCUAGAUAUUUAAUAUUAGAUAAAUACCUGGACUUUAUUAUUAUUUCAUUAAACCUAUUGUUUACCUGUUUAAGAUAAAGUUGAAAAACAAUAUAAAUAA